AUGUCGUUCAAGUUCGGCUUCAGCGUGAAGAAUAAAGCAGCGAAUUCGCUUGCAAAACCCGCUGCGAAACAACCCCUAGGUAAAAAGAAACCGCUGCUGGACGAUGACGAUGAGCCGGUCAAGGGCAAGGCAAAGGCCACAGACGGCGCACAAGAGAUUGGCGAAUUCAAUUUUGAAGACACGCUCGCCUCACAGUCACAAUCCUCGAAAACUGCGCCGACCAAGCCGAAGAAGGGACAGCCUCUAGCGCCUCCGAAUCGAAAACCCAAAGUCAGGGAAGAUGACCCUUCCAUGAUCGGCUACUCUGCCAGCGCGAAGGAAGCGGAGAAGCUGGCAAAGGAAGCUGUGGAGGCAGACGCGACACUCUACGACUAUGACGCCGUAUACGACGCGCUACAUGCCAAGAGUGCUGCCAAACAUGCAGCAGAGCAAGAGGAUGCGCUUCAGCGGAAGCCAACUUACAUGGACGCCCUCUUCGAGUCGGCGGAACUGCGCAAGAAAGAUCAGCUCAGGGCACGAGACAAGCUGCUGAAACGGGAGCGAGAGGCCGAGGGCGAUGAGUUCGCGGAUAAAGACAAGUUUGUUACGGGCGCUUACAAGGCUCAGCAGGAAGAGGCGCGCAAAGCCGAGGAGGAAGAGGAGAAGCGGCAAGAGGCUGAAGAGCAGAAGAAAAAGAAGCUUGGUAUGCAAGGGUUCCACAAGCAAAUGUUGAUGGAGCAGGAGCGAAGACAUCAGGAGGCCAUGGAUGCCGCUGCUCAGGCUCUUAAAGAAGGCAUCAAGGUGCCGGUGGAAGAAAACAAGGAAAAGUCCCAGGCAGAGCUUGUCGCAGAGCUACGCAAGCAGGGCAAGACUGUCAUUACGAACGAAGAUGGUCAGGUUACGGACAACCGCCAGCUACUCUCCGCCGGUCUAAAUAUCCUCGCCAAACCUAAGCCUGCUUCGACGCUAGCUGCGUCAUCAAGUCAAUCAAGUGGCUCCCAGACAAACUACCAUGGCUCCAAGACGGGGCGUAAUGCUCAACGCGAACGACAGACGCAGAUGAUGGUCGAGCAGAUUGAAUUGGCCAACAAGCGUAAAGCGGAUGAAGAGGCAGAAGAACAGGCGAAGCUGCUACAUGCGAGUAAGAGCCAGAAGACGGCGACAGACAUCAGCAGUGCCAAAGAACGAUACCUGCAGCGUAAGAAAGAGGCUGCAGCUGCGAAGGCCGCGGCUACUGGCAAGUGA